AUGAAGUUCUUCUCAAUUGCCACCCUCCUCGCUGCCACCGCUGUGGCCGGCGUUGUCCCUCAAAACUACCAGUGGAUCAGCCACAACGACCGCUCGGAAUCAGGGCUCACCAGGUCUCAUGCCCAGAACGCCUGCGGAACGAACAAUGUAAGGUGUUGUCAGGGCUUUAGUCCCGAGCACGGACUCUCCCGACAAGACGAGAGUCGCUUCCGGGCCGGAUUGGGCGAGGGUAUUCCCGGCGAAUUGCAGGGCGGAAACAACUGUGGUCCUUGCGGCAAUGACGAAGGAUCUCGGAGCGUUGCCUGCUGCUCUGAAGGCUCGGAUGAUUUUAUCGGAGUCGAAGAUGUUCUGUUGAUAUUUACAAUGUUUGAAGCUAAACAUGCUCAAUCUUCACAGCAUAGCCUGAAUCUUCUUUCUCAUAAUAGGAGCUUUUUGAGCCUCAUCUGUUGGUUAAUACGAGUUGAGUGGUUCUUGGCUGGCUCACGCCAAUUUAGUCAUCCGGCCUCCACCGGAAGAGAUCCCGUUCCCCGCGACCCCGGAUUCUCUUCCUUCCCUGCACCGCCCACCUGCUUGCUGUGA